AGAAAGGGUGAAUAAAACACACAGUGUCUGGAGCUGUUGCCCACACACUACACUGUGCUCCACCUCCAGACUUACUACAAUGCCUUUCUUCUCACCAUGGAUCACAGCAGUGUUUAUCAUUUCCUUGACAUUCCCUUUUCAUUCUGAACCUUCUUUUAACUAUCAAACAGAAUAUCGCCUGGAACCAAGCUGUCAGAGGUAUUCAAACUACAUUUGCACCAAAGAGUUUGAUCCAGUCUGUGCAAGCAAUCGCCAGACUUAUGGGAAUAUAUGCAUGUUCUGCAGUGCAAAGCGAGCGAGUAAAGGUGCAGUUUCAUUCCUUCGUUAUGGCGUUUGCCAGUCAUCCUGACCUACACAUUUCUAUGUCUUCCAUUGCAACCCCAUUUAUGCUGGAUUCUACAAUCAACUAGAAUCUCCUUCAUUAGCGUCUUUAAUUCCUUGAUGAUCAGGUGAACACAUCUGUGGUACUUAAAGUGGUCAUGGGUCUUUUCCAACACUAACAACCUGCAACUGAAGGAUCUUUAUUCUCAAGGUUCAAUUUUUCAAUAACAACCUGAAAAACUACAGUCUUAAUUUUGUGUUUGAAUAUAGCAUAGUACAGUUUUUAAUCAUAAAUGCUUUAAUGAGCAAAAUGUUAAAUAGUUUUACCUUUUCAAAUGUGC